UCUGUAUCCCUUAAUGUAUUUGUUAAUUUGCUUCCCUUCCAUGAAUAUGUCUGUCAAAAUAUUUGGCUUCUGUGAUAAGAAAGAUAAUAUCCUAUAUCAGAAUUACCUGUUCCUUGCUUCUGCUCACCUAGUAAACUUGGCCUCAUCUCCUCCUCUUAGUCUUUUUUACUGUGGCUUGCAUUACUGUUUUUUUACUAUAGGGCCAUUAUUUCACCUGACAGUGUGUCUACAGACUAGACAAAGAACCACACACACUAAGCACUGUUUUGGGGGUGGUGGGGAUGUACUGUCUGGUCCCAAGAGCUAAAUGGCACUUUUGAGCACUGUUAAUGGUUUAUUUUUAUGUGCAAGAAGAAAUGCUCUGUUAAACUGGCCUGAGAUGAGAGAUCCAUGGAAAUUAAUUUACACUCCUCUCAGCUGCACUGUUUGGACACAGGGCUGAGCAGCGAUUUCUCUCUGUACAUGAGGGAUAAUAGCAGCAGCUUCCUGAGCUCCAGCUGCUGUGGACAAAGGACAGCAGAGUUACAGCGAUUCCUGGAGGGAGGAACUCUAAGAUGGUGGAAUUUUAAAGAAUGUGAAGGACAACCUCUUAAAAAUUGUAGGUGGAACAAUUCCAGGUCAUCCAAACACUUGUUUUAUUGACACUGAGGAUGAAGAAGGAUUUGCAAGUGAAAGCGCCUUGAAAUACAACGUCUUCGGAGGGAGCUCUGCAGUUCGUCUGUUGAGUCUCGAAUUCCACCCUUUGCCCCUGCUGAAUCCAGUGUUCUGCCCUUUACUCUCUGGGGUAAAAAACCAAACAACAACAACAAAAACCCGAGGGGAAAAAAAAAAUACCUUUGGCAGCAGGGAAGCUUUGUGUGACUGACCCAACGAGCUACAAGUGUCCAGUGUCUGAAAAAGAAGAAAACCCUUUUGUCUUCAGCGGAUCAGUAGAACUAUUUUGGAAGCGAGGAGAGUGUCAAGUGAUCUGACUCCUACCGAAGAGGAGACUGAAGCCAUCUCUGAGUGGAGAUUUUGGACUUGCAGGAGGACGGCUGUGUGUGUCCCCUCCAUGUGGCAGAACUGCUCCUCCUUACCAAGGAAGUCAAAGUAAAGGAAAUAGGUCAAGGGCAGAUUUUACAUUCCACCCAAAAGGCACCACAGUUUGAGAUGAGGAAUUCAGAAGAGCAAGCAGCUACGACUGUUUUACAGCGCCUGCUGCAGGAGCAGCUCAGAUACGGAAACCCAAAUGACAACCGUAACCUUCUUGCCUUACACCAGCAAGCCACAGGAAAUGCCCCCCCUUUCAACAGCACCGGGAGUCCAGCAUCUCAGAACGAAGGGCUGAGCUCCCAGGACCACCAGCUUGUGACUCAUGCUGCCCGUCAGGAGCCCCAGGGCCAGGAGAUACAGGUGGACAACAGCAUCAUGGAGAAGCAGCUCUCUCCGCGACUCCAGAACAGCGAGGAUCUCCCGACCUACGAGGAAGCCAAAGUCCAGUCACAGUAUUUCAGGGGCCAGCCGCAUGCUAGUGUUGGGGCAGCCUUUUAUGUAACGGGAGUCACCAACCAAAAGAUGAGGACUGAAGGGCGGCCCACGGUUCAGCGGGUGAGCCCAGGGAAGGUCCACCAGGAUGAAGGACUUAAGGACCUCAAGCAAGGGCACGUCCGCUCCUUGAGCGAGAGGCUGAUGCAGCUGUCCUUGGCCACCAGCGGUGUCAAGGCCCACGCGCCGGUGACGAGCGCGCCGCUCUCCCCCCUCUCUCCGCUUUCUCCUCAGCAGUCCAGCGACCCUUAUAAAAAUUCUGGCUCCAAUGAGUUCUACAAGAACUCGGUGCAGCCCCCUUCCCAGCCCAACAUGAAAGGAAUGGAGCAGCGGGGUCCUCCUCCAGAGUAUCCUUACAAAAACGUGUCCACCCCAUCUAUGAACUGCAAACCUCAGGACUCGGGACAUUUCUACAGCGAUCACCGCAUGAGCCAGCAGGGAAGGUCUGAUGGGCCCAUGAUGAGGUAUCAACAUCCCCCUGACUACGGGUCAGUCAGGCAAAACCCAGAUGUGCAGCUGCAGUUACAACAGAGGCCUCCUCACCAUCACAGCCCAACUUCUUCCUUGACAUCCCUGGGAUCUUUGACUCUGCUUCAGUCUCCACCGCCAUCCAGGCUGUCCCCUUCCCAGCAUCAGCAACCUCUGACUCCAAGCCAGGGAGAUCCUGGCAUUCUGCCACGGACCCAGCAGCCAUUCUUGCCAAACCAGGUCCAUCAGGGAGAUCUGUACCGACUAUGCCAGCCCUUCUUAGGCCCCCAGCAGCAGCAAGGCGAUUCCUACUCAGUCAUGUCCCGGGCUCAGCAGAUACCCUCCCCAUAUCAACAGAUGCAAGUAGAUCCUUUUGCCAUCGUUUCCAGGGCCCAGCAGAUGGUGGAAAUCCUGUCAGAAGAGAACCGGUCUCUACGACAGGAGCUGGAUGGGUGUUAUGAGAAAGUAGCCCGGCUGCAGAAGCUGGAAACAGAAAUUCAGCAAGUUUCAGAGGCAUACAAAAACCUGGAGAAAUCAUCCUCUAAGCGGGAUGCCCUGGAAAAGGCCAUGAGAAACAAGCUGGAAGGAGAAAUUCGUAGGCUUCAUGAUUUCAACAGGGAUCUAAGAGAACGUAUGGAGACGGCCAACAAACAGCUUGCGGAGAAGGAAUUUGAGGGGUCUGAAGACAAUCGCAAAACCAUCUCUCAGCUCUUUGCACAAAACAAGGAAACACAGCGGGAAAAAGAGAAACUGGAAAUAGAACUGGCUGCUGCACGCUCCACCAAUGAGGACCAACGGAGACACAUUGAGAUCCGAGACCAGGCUUUGAACAAUGCUCAGGCCAAGGUGGUGAAACUGGAGGAGGAGCUCAAAAAGAAGCAGGUCUAUGUUGAGAAGGUAGAGAAGAUGCAGCAGGCCUUGGUUCAGCUGCAGGCAGCGUGUGAGAAACGGGAACAGCUGGAACACAGGCUGCGGACCCGGCUGGAGAGAGAACUGGAAUCUCUCCGGAUGCAGCAGCGUCAGGGUACGUCUCAGGCUGCCAACGUCUCGGAGUACAAUGCCACAGCGCUUAUGGAGCUCCUGCGUGAGAAGGAAGAAAGGAUUCUUGCUCUGGAAGCUGACAUGACCAAGUGGGAACAGAAAUACCUGGAGGAGAGCGUGAUGAGACAGUUUGCUUUGGAUGCAGCUGCAACUGUGGCUGCUCAGAGGGACACGACAGUGAUCAGCCACUCACCUAACCCUAGCUAUGACACCUCACUGGAAGCUCGCAUUCAGAAGGAGGAGGAAGAGAUCCUGCUUGCCAACAGGAGGUGUCUGGACAUGGAGGGAAGGAUCAAGACUCUGCACGCUCAGAUCAUUGAGAAGGAUGCCAUGAUCAAAGUCCUGCAGCAGCGCUCCCGGAAGGAGCCUGGUAAGACGGACCAGAUCUCCUCCAUGAGACCCGCCAAGUCACUCAUGUCCAUAUCAAACGCUGGCUCGGGCCUGCUGUCCCACUCCUCAACCCUGAGCAGCACUCCCAUCCUGGAGGAGAAGAGGGAGGACAAGAGCUGGAAAGGCAGCCUGGGUGUUCUGCUGGGAACAGAAUAUCGCUCCGAAUCCAUUCCCUCCACCCCAUCUCCUGUCCUUCCUUCCACACCGUUGCUCUCGGCCCACUCAAAAACAGGCAGCAGAGACUGCAGCACCCAGACUGACCGGGGGAAUGAGCAAAGCAAAGCUGCACCUCCCACUGCAGCUCCCACACCAGGACGACUCCCCAGUACCAGCCUGACCUACAGCACAGACAAAACAGAUGGGCAACUCUUCCACUCCAGCACCCUUGAAAGAAAAGCCCCUGUUCAGAGCAUGGGGCAGGACCUCCCAGAUGGAGAGAUGGUAGAAUACCUCAUCUGAAAGGCUGGACCAGGAUCUGAACUGGGAUACAGUAGCAAGAAAUUUUUAAAAGACAUUUUUCUUGGGGAAAAAAUUGUAGUACCUGAGUAAUAAAAGAACACUCAGCUGUUUGCUCUUGUAUAUUAUGUCUCAAAAGUAUGAACGGGUUAAUUUAUAAUUUGUUCUAAAUUAUAAAAAACCCGUAACAUUGUUCUUUGAAAGUUUCCCCCUUUAUUGUUUAAAUACUGGAUCUGGUAACAUCUGGAGAAAAAACAAGAACUUAGGUGCUCUUCAUUUGAUAUUUCAGUAUUUUUAGAGUCUCUUAAAGUGAAGUAUCUGUUCUCACAGGUGUUGGUAAAUGUCUAGCUUGAGUGCAGGAAGAUGGACCUAACAAUCAGCACCAGGGACUUAGUUGUGAGCAUCACUUAAUGGUUUUAGAAUACAGGUGUUCUGAGAAGCUUUUAUAAAUUUGAGCUGUGGUCAAGGGAGAUUUCUUUUAAUACCUUGUCUCAGUGUAAGAACUUGGAAUAGUUAUUUCACGUUCAUAGGCUGGAAAGUUUUCAAUAUACUUUUUUUUACUUCCCAAACUGUGUUAUUUCUUUAUUAAAAAAAAUUACUCCGGUGAUUAAUGUCGCAUUUCACAUUUUUAGUUUAAUUGAAAGUUUUUCCACACUUUUAUACUUAAGUACUUUUCCAAUAAUUUAUACAGUGGAUAGGAAAUAAUAUAUUGUGUUCAUGUUUUAUGUAAAUUAAAAAAUGAGAGUUUACAGGCUCA